CCCGAGGAGUACAAAUAAAUAGUCCUGUCAAAAGGCGCAGCUAGCGCUAGUGCGCGCGGGGCCUGGGCGGGGGCGCGGACUCCUCGGCCCGCGCUCUCCCGGGUCCGCGGCACUGCUCGCUCCCCGGCGGGGCUGCCUACCCGGGUCUCCGGUCUCGCUCCGAACGCUGCCUGGCCCCCCGCCUCCGCCAGAGGGAGCGGAAGGCCGACACCGCGAGGCUGGCCUGGGGCAGGAAGGCGGGCGCGCGUGGGCGUGGGGGACGCGGUGAUGUCCACCGGCUCGGUGAGCGACCCCGAGGAGAUGGAGCUGCGGGGGCUGCAGCGGGGGUACCCGGUCCCCGCCUCCAAGAGGCCGCCCCUCCGCGGCGCCGAGCGCAGCUACAUCUCGCCCAGUGACAACUCCUCGGCCGAGGAGGAAGACCCCGACGGCGAGGAAGAGCGGUGCGCGCUGGGCGCGGCCGGCGGCGCGGAGGGCUGCAAGAGGAAACGGCCGCGCGUGGCUGGGGGCGGCGGCGGCAAGAAGCCCCUCCCGCCCAAGGGCUCGGCGGCCGACUGCAAGCAGUCGCAGCGCAACGCCGCCAACGCCCGCGAGCGCGCCCGGAUGCGCGUCCUGAGCAAAGCCUUCUCCAGGCUCAAGACCAGUCUGCCUUGGGUGCCCCCAGACACUAAGCUUUCGAAGCUCGACACGCUCCGGCUGGCUUCCAGUUACAUCGCGCACCUGCGGCAGCUGCUGCAGGAGGACCGCUACGAGAACGGCUACGUGCACCCGGUGAACCUGACAUGGCCGUUCGUGGUCUCAGGACGACCUGACACCGACACCAAAGAAGUUUCCGCAGCCAACAGAUUAUGUGGGACCACCGCUUAGAUCGAAGUCACUUGCUGGAGUUACUGUUCAAGCGCGUGUGUUUGGGGGCCACGGAGAGAAGGGAGCAUGAGAACCCCCAGAGAAUGGGGGAAAGUGCCAUCGGACUCUGCUAAAUCCUCCUCGGACACCCCCCACCCACCCGAACUGUGAGCAGGACGUGAGGCGGGCGUUGGGGACAGAGCCUGAGGGCUGGCCGUGUGGCCGUCAUCCCAGGGCGCCAAGGGCUGCGGCUGCUGGGGAUCCUGGCGACGACAGUUUUCUUUUCCAAAAGACCUUCCUUCUGUCUCUACAACGCGCAACCAGAUCCAGCCUCGGGCUUUAGCAGUGUAGACUGACCCCCGCGCUGUCGUGCCAAACCGCCUACGAGUUAGUUUCCCGACUGAGCCAGAUAGACGUAUACGAUGGCGGGGCCGUGCCCAGCACAGGCAUGUUACGGUGAGGCAGUGGUUAGAACGUGCUCUGGAUGAGUGGCUUUACAGACAGCAGUCUUCACGCGAGACCAACAUCGGAGCAUGUUUUUAAGUUGCAAAGAGAGGGGAGUGGCACACCUGGGCCAGGUUUGUACCCCCCACGGGACCCCAGCCUCCGGGAGGCAGGGGCACGCCCGCUCCGUCUAGGGAAGGACGGAGGCGCCCUUUCCCAGACCACCUGACCCGGGUUGGCCCGGAGCGCUCCCGGCGCUUCUGCCUCCCGGCUGCAGUCAAGCCCUUCACUCCCCCCAGGCUCCCGCUGCUUCCCAGCCAGGCUUCUGUCUCCACCCGCCUCCCGUCUAAACUAGAGCCUCCCACCCCCGCACCCCGCACCCCACCAGGCUCGCGUCCCCUUCAGGCCUCCGUCCAGUCCUUCCUCCCACGCCUCCUUGCAGCACCCCUCCUCCGGCCCCUGACCAUCCCCAGCGGGCCUGCCGCCUCCAUGCUCUGGACGCCUCCCCCGGCCCACCGUCCAGGCUCUGCCUCGCGGGAGGAGUGCGCUGGGUGGUCCGCUGAGGCUGUACGUACCCAGUGACCCCGCUCAGGGGAAAUGCGCCGCUGUCUCCAGGCUGCACUACCACAGCAACUAGCAAAUGUAAAUAAAUUUAUUUUUUUAUGAAUAAUAAAACGCGUUGUGAAAACCGA